AUGAGCAAAGGAGAUAUAGCUACCGCUCAAGUGAAUGGAGAGUUCUCCAUCAAGCCAGAGGCGAAGCAGCCUCAGCUAGACACCUCUCAGUGGCCAUUGCUGCUGAAAAACUACGACAAACUCCUGGUUCGUAGCUCUCACUUUACUCCCAUCCCACAAGGGUGCAGCCCUCUAAAGCGGGAUCUCCAAUCAUAUAUCAAGUCUGGAGUCAUCAACCUGGACAAGCCUUCAAACCCCUCAUCUCACGAGGUUGUUGCUUGGAUCCGACGCAUCCUUCGAGUCGAGAAGACUGGCCACAGCGGAACUCUUGACCCCAAGGUCACUGGCUGUUUGAUUGUUUGCAUUGACAGGGCAACGCGAUUGGUGAAGAGCCAGCAAGGCGCUGGUAAGGAGUAUGUUUGCGUCUUACGACUCCACGAUGCACUCGAGUCGGAAAAGGCCCUCCCUCGUGCUCUUGAAACCCUGACCGGUGCUCUCUUCCAGCGACCUCCCCUUAUUUCCGCCGUCAAGCGACAGCUCCGUAUCCGAACCAUUCAUGAGAGCAAACUCCUCGAGUUUGACAAUCAGCGAAACUUGGCUGUAUUCUGGGUUAGCUGUGAGGCCGGAACUUACAUCCGAACAUUAUGCGUCCACCUCGGCCUACUUUUGGGAGUUGGCGGACACAUGCAAGAGCUUCGACGUGUUCGUAGUGGUGCGAUGAGCGAGAAUGACGAUAUUGUAACUAUGCAUGACGUUUUGGACGCACAAUGGACGUAUGACAAUACCCGCGACGAAUCGUAUCUGCGACGGGUUAUCCGACCCUUGGAAUGCUUGAUGGUCGGUUACAAGCGAAUCGUCGUCAAGGAUAGUGCCGUCAACGCCGUCUGCUAUGGCGCCAAGCUCAUGAUUCCGGGAUUGCUGCGCUACGAGGCCAACAUUGAAGUACACGAGGAAGUCGUACUAAUGACCACCAAGGGAGAGGCCAUCGCGCUCGCUAUUGCUCAGAUGUCCACUGCUGACUUGGCAUCCUGCGAUCAUGGGGUUGUUGCUAAAGUCAAGCGAUGCAUCAUGGAACGUGAUACCUACCCCCGACGAUGGGGCCUCGGUCCUCGAGCUCUGGAAAAGAAGAAAAUGGUCAAGGACGGCAAGCUCGACAAGCACGGUCGGGCCAUUCAGGGCGUUACCCCUGCCUCCUGGACCAAAGAUUAUGUUGACUACUCUGUGCAGCAGGACGAGGAACCUGUUCCUACCCAGCCUCCUGUACCAGCCUCUGAACCUCCGGCCACCGUAGAAGAAGCGGAGACUGAGCCCAAGGAGAAGAAACGCAAGCGCAAAUCGGAGGUGGCUGAGGCGGACGUGACGAUGCAAGACGCCGAUGAGGAUGAAGGCAAAGACGAGGAAGAUGAGGAGGCGCGAAAGCAGCGUAGAAAGGAGAAGAAAGAGAAGAAGGAAAAGAAGGAAAAGAAAAGAAGGGAGAAAGAGGAGGCUGCGAAACUAGAGGAACAAACGUCUCCCGAGAGGAAAAAGGCCAAGAAGGCCAAAGAUGACGACGCAUCUACGGACUAG